AUGGCGGCAUCGCCGAGCGCGACCUCACCAUGGCGGUUGCCUCCCACAGCGCCGAAUUUCCGAGGCGUCAACUGGCCCAAGGUCAAAGACAUCAUGGAUCAGCUUGGCUACACCUUCACCAAGUCUGCCAUGGAACAGCGCUGGACCAAGAAGAUCCUCAAGGACUGGCGUGCUCGAGUCGGCCCUGACAGCACCACGGAUGAGUCCCCCCCGACCUCCGCCACCCCUGCUAAGAAGCGCGGCCGGACCAAGGCGACUGUUGUGGCUGAUGGCGACAACCUCGACACGCCUUCGAAGAAACCCAAGGUCCAGGCCACGGGCAUCGAGACUCCCAUGAAGAAGGAGUGCACAAUUGACGAACGCGAUGCCGAAGACGAAAGAAAGAACGAGAUUGUCGAAGAAGACUUCAUGAUUUGA